UUUUGUAAUCGAGGUUUCUCUAUUAUUCCACUGGUUGAGAUUUCACCCCUCAACUGACAAAUUUAUUUUCCUCUUUUUUGCCACACCAUUGUUUCAACCAGAUGACAGUUAGCUAAAACGAAAGUAUGUUAAAAAAAUUAUCCAUAUUAAUAUAACUACUUCAGUACGCUUCUCCAUUGAAAUAGUAAUAUAGGUACUAAUUUGCCGUACCGUAGUAGACGACCGUAGUGACUGUGAUUUGAACAGAGCCGAGGCUGUUGAAUACGUUUAAAUCAAUCUGGCUGUAAGGAAGUUAUUUGGUGGUUUAGAAAUGCGUGGAACUUUUUUUUUACCUAAGACUAGGGAUAGCAGUUUUUUUAUAGUCGUGAGUUCACUUUAUUGCUGACCUGCCUGAUUUUGUCUCGCGAAGCUCUCUUAACCCAUACUCAGUCCUUCUCGUUGUAUGAAUAUGAUCUUUUUCGGCCCUUAGAUGAACUUUGGGUCUUUCGUCGCAACGUUUUUUUAUCUCAAUAAAAUACAAUUUUUUUCAUUAAUUAAAAGCAACAUAUCUGUAAAACUCUAUCCAUUCAUCCAUAUGUUUUCAAAAGGCGGAUUUUUACCGUCAUCGUGAAUUUAACAAGAUAUAUCAUUGUUUCUUGACCAAAAACAACAACAAAGAAAGACGCUUAGUUAACGAAUAUAGAAUGAGAGAGAGUGGGCUUGCUAGGCUAACGAAUUCUUAUAUACAGAUGUGUCAACUUCCAACCAUACGUUUCAUUACAAUUUUUUAUAUCGUCCAGUUGCCUAACUUUUUAGCGUUUUAUGAGUUAUAACGUUUGCUUACAAGGUUUUCUUUGCAGGAAAAAAGCUUCUUGCAAGCAAAAUGUCAAAAGCAGCAGAUCUAGGUCUUUCAAGCUUACCCUUAUACAAAAACAAACGACACCUCGGCGGCACCCGCUAAUCUCCAAAUUAAUUCUACCUUUCGAUUUUGAGUCUCUGGAGGCUAGCCGCAACGUUUAUAGAUAAAUCUAGAUUGUAGAUACUUUUCUCAACGCUAUAAAUUACUUUACGCGGAUCCAUAUAGAGAACUGACCCGCACAGACCCCAAAUCUAUUGAGGCGUUAAUCAACUAUUAUCUAGGAAAACUCAAGAACAUCAUAGAUGUUCUUCCUGUCUCAGAGUUUUGCCAUAUUAAUGAUUUGGCUGAUUGAAGCUCUAGCUGUAGAACUAAGCGUGCGAAUUCAAAAUUCCUUGAAUCAUAAGCAGCAGAGUAGUAAUGAAACGUGGCAUAUUCGUAGACUUGUUAACCAUUAUCCUAUUGCCUCAAAUUAACUUACAAAAUGAUUCUCAUCUCCGAUCUAAUUUCAAAAGUAUUGGCUCAUAAUCUCUUGUAAUACUAUGAUAUGUAGGUCCUAGACAUAGUUUUACGUCAAUAAUCCGCAUCACCUAUAUCUGCAUGAUCCACUAAUUAAUUUGCUUCAAAAGGUUUUAAAUAAAGCAGACCACUUAUUAUGGCUUUUAGGUUCACAUACGUUUAGUAAAGCCAAAUUUGUUGUACCUUUGAUGCUUUCAAUAUUACGUCUCAGCGACAGAUGUGCGUUCAGCUCUGCCGAAUCGUAUACCACAAUGAUUCGCCUGUUUGAACAACACUAUUAUAUAUACGUGGCUGUAUAUUUCGUGCAGACACCUGCAUUCUACAGAAGUCACAUUACAAUAGUUAACUACUGGCACUGAGCCUCGUAUACAGAAACCGUAUGCUGUUGUUCAUCGACGUAGUGACAGCAGCCGUCAUGAGGUUACCGGCUAUCUCCGUUGUUUCGGUUUCGCUGCGCGUUCUCUCUUGUUUGGAAAGACUCAAUAGCAUUUACCGCAUCGCUGGUCAGUCUUCCAACCAUGUACUAUGCAAUAUUUCUGUUGGUAUUGAUGUACAGAUUCAUUUAACUUGUUGGUGUAUCCUUCUCUUGGCGUCGAUUUCCUAAUGGCAUCGAUCCGGUCAUCGAUAAUAGCAAUACUUCGACGCGACUUAGUGCUAACGAACAAUGAGGAGCAGCCCGAAUAGAUUCGUAGCGAUCAUGUUAUUAUCGCAAUCGACACUAUUGACUCCAUACUAGUCGACGCCAGAGUCACUGGGCAAUAUUCAUUGGUCCUGGUACCUUUAGACGUCACGAUUCAUCAUCAUCGUAAUUCUCAUAGUAGUACUAACAGUAGGCUGAUAGGAAAUGAGCGCCAUAUUUAGAUAGAGCCCUGGGGAUACCAACGGCAGUAGUGUCAGCAAUAGCAAUAUCAAGCAAUAUGCAAAGUGGGGGGUGACCACGGAAAGCAUCACAAAUCCAAGUGGGCUAGCGACCAGUUAGCUUAUACCUGUCAGUGAACGAGUUCAUGUAACAAAACCGUUAAGCCGGCUCAUCUCAUCUCUAUGGUUGCCGGCGAUCUUCGACGGUACGGCUGUUGGCCUUUGCUACUAUAUCUGCUGAGCCCGCGCCUCUGCGACACGACAUUGCCGCUGGUAUUGGUUUGUUAUCUCGACUGUCUACAAAAGAGACAGACAGCAAAACGCAUCGGUACGACAACGACGACCGCUGCAGAGGGCGUCCCUGACCCUCUAGUGCCUCCUCGGUCUAUUCGCUUUGGUUGGCUCCUAGGCGGCUCGAAAACACGAAAUGGUCUCAACACACCAGCGCGCUGUUGGUACUGCUCCUGUUCAGAGCACUACAGCAAACUCUAAGCGCAUUGCACUAUUGCUACAGACUGCAAUCGAUCCCAAAGAAACACAAGCAACCUCAGACCGCUUUUAGUUUGUGCGCCGUGAAUAGAAUCUCAGUUUCUUACUGUGCGGUUGUGGGAUUUUUCGAAAUAGUGCGCGAUGCCUGCUGGAAUCAUUGUGACUUGGGUUUCGUUAAGCUCAAAGGCGUAAGGCACUUGGUGCUCGAGUCGCUCAAAGAAUAGUGAUAGCCUCAAAAAAAGAUUCGGGACUGGGAACCGAUAACAUUUAAAUUUCUAUAGCUGGCAGUCUCAACAUAACAGAGAAAAACCUGCAUGUGAUGUCGUCCACAGAUGGUUUCACAUCCUUCCUGCUGAGUAUGGGAAGUCUUGAAAACGAAGCCCGAAAUGAUCCCCAGGGCACUUUAUUUAAGGUGCUGCACUUCUGUGAAGGCCUUAAGAAAAGCGUUAUUGGACUCGAGAGCACGGUUGUUGAGCUCCGUAAGGAAAACGCUCUGUUGCGCGCACAGGUUGACAGACUCAACACAGACUUAGUCGAACGCGUGGAAACAGCUGUCGCACGGAAGACUUGCACUCUCCAAGAUCGCCUGACUGCUAUUGAACAGGACGCGUCGGCAGCUGCCAGCCGCCUAAAGGAAACAGUUACAAUUAAAGAGGUGAGCGAGUCAAUCUUGUCCAGUCAGAAAGAAUUACGGUCCAGUAUGGAAUUAGCCGUUGCAGACAGGCUAGCAGAAUUCCCAACAAAAACCGCCGUAAUGAUGAUACGGACAGAUGUUGAAGAUUUAGAAAAGAGAUUUGGACAAGUGGCUGAAAGACUUCGGGAGUGGUCCAUUUAUAGGAAGCUGCAAAGAGCUACUGAAAUGGGCAUCUGCGCUGAUGACAGUGAUGAGACUGUCCCAGCAGAUCCGAGAAAUCCAUUUAGUCUUCUACACCUCCUGCAUCCGUCGAAAUCAAGACCGCUGUUUUGGCCAAUAUCACGCUUCAGCACAUUUAUGAGACUUGCUAAGGAAAACCCUUAUAGGCGGUUAUACUCUCAACCGUUUGGAAUAGAGAAAGACGGAACUGUGCGCUGUGUUCUCCGAACAGUUGUCGUGCUAUUACCUAAAUCGGAGGGAGAUGUUAUUCAGUUUGCUUUGGAGGUCCUCUUUGCUACAAAAUAUAAACGCAAAUUCGAUUUUUGCUUUCAGGUUCUUGGAGGUAAACCAAUUGUAAAGACAUUUUCAUCAACAGAGGCAGUCGUACCGCGCUAUUGGUUUCCUCAGAAUGAGCUUCAACCCUCUGGGCUGAUCACCUUUGCCUUCGGAGUAGACGAAACGCAGCUCCGAAGAGAUGAAUUACUGGUUGACGAUAAGCUUAUCAUACAGGUUGGCCUACGUGAUUGACAGAUAUGGUAUUAAAUUCUAUAAAGGCUAAGGAGUUAACACUUGACUGAUGAUCUGAAAAUCUAUAAUACGAAAUUGUAUAAUAAUAUAAGGUAAAAAUAGCGACGCAAAAAGUUUCGGCAAAACAAAUUAUUAACACAAAUUAUAUGUGAUUAAGCUAAAAUACUAUCGGUGAAAAUGCUUUUGAAGCUGAACAUAAGAGAAUUUAAUCCACGACAAGGUGAAUUAAAUUCUCUGAACUAAUCAGUGUACACAUGACGAAAUUAUAUUUAAAAAAAACAUAGACAAUAAUGUCUAAUCUAUUGCUGAAUAAAAUGGUCAGCCAAAUUUAUAGCAUAUAAAGUUUGAUUUGAAUGUAUAUAAUCGAGGAACACAACUUUACGCCUUUUCUCGAUUUCAAUGGCUGAUACAACUAUAUUUAUCCAGUUUUGUUCGUCCGAAUGUGUAAAAAAAUUAAAUUGAAAAGCUAAGGGCUGCACUUCGGACAAAGAGAAAUCGCAGUGCCUCUAAGUGAUUAUUAUUCUUGAGAACUGGAGAAAGUGAUGCGAAACCGACAUUUUGUUGUUUAAAUAAGAUAUAUUAAAAACAUGUAAAAAUGCUUAGUAUAGACAGCUGCAAGUCGCUCAAGAAAUUACCCAGCGACCUAAGUAAGCAACGGAUGGAUAGUUGCAUCGUUAGACUCGUUGACUGACAUUACAAAAAAGAUAAAUAGUCCAUAAAUAAGCGAUAUCGGAUUGGAAUGAAUCAAAGUCUGUAGACCAAUCGCUAGUUGUCUACAAAUGUGCCGAAACUUGAUGCCCAAGCGAAUUUGUGAAAUACUACUGAUUAUCGCUGAUUACCAGUGCAGUCGUGAAAAAAAAAUCAUUUUAGACAGGGCUGAGCCUUAUAUGAAUAGAUAGUGGAGCUGAUUUCUGUGCGCCAUGGUUAAGACUACAAACCGUAAUCAGUGCAAUUACAAUAAUUAUAUCUCCUGAUGUUUUGAAUAUGAAUGUACAUAAUGUAUAUACUUUAUAGAUGACAAUUCAUCUGCGCUGUGACGAACCUGUAUUGAUUACAUGUGGGACACGCAAUUGAAAAACAACUGUGCUAUGCAUUUGAAAUGUGCCAAAGAAAGCUCAUUCUUCUACCUUAAGAACACAAGGUUUUAGCUUUACAAUAGAAAGAAAGCCACUAAAAGUCACAAAACAUGAU